AUGGCACAGAACGGAGUCACCAAAACCGAAGCGCACGCCGACAAAGACGGCCACUUUCGACGAAAAGACAGCGCCUUCCGAGACUGGAUCUCCAAAGACCCAAAUAGCAAAUUCCCCGCCGAAAAAGGCCGCUAUGCGUUGUACAUGAACUACGGAUGUCCAUGGGCUCAUCGAGCGGUCAUUGUUCGCGCACUGAAAGGCCUUGAAGAUGUCAUACAGAUGAUACCGACGGACUUUGACCUGACCGCCAAUGGAUGGACGUUCACUGGCAAGAAUGGGUCCCAUGGCAAAGAUCCAUUGUAUGGAUUCAGCGGUCUGAAGGAGCUCUACAUGAUGGUUGAUCCAGAAUACACCGGACGAUACACUGUUCCGUGUCUCUUCGAUAAGAAGACUGAGACCAUUGUCAACAAUGAGUCCAGCGAGCUCAUUAGGAUGUUCUAUACUGAAUUCGAUGACUUGGUCGCCGGUGAGUUCAAGGAGGCAAACAAAGAGUACGGUGGCUUCUAUCCGGAGCAUUUGCGAAAGCAGAUCGACGAAAUGAAUGAGUGGGUCUACAACACGGUCAACAAUGUAGGAACAGGCAACAUUGCUCCUGAAUGCAAAGUUACUUACCAGAGUACCAGGGCGUCUACAAAUGCGGAUUCGCCAUGACACAAGAGGCGUACGACACAAACAUCUACCCUCUUUUCGAAUCUCUCGAUAGAUUGGAGAAGCAUCUGUCGGUGCCUGAACACCAGCCCUUCCUCUUCGGCAAGAAUAUCACAGAAGCUGGUGAGCGGAUUCGUGGGCUAUCAUGUGAGCUCUUGUAUUGACUCGAAUUAGACAUUAGACUCUACACGACCUUGAUCCGCUUCGACACGGCCUAUCACACCAUCUUCCAGACCAAUCUGAAGUCCAUCCGCCACGACUAUCCGAAUCUACACCUGUGGUUGCGAAGAUUAUAUUGGGACGACACCAAAUUGACGAGAGGGAUCUUCCGAGAGACCGUCAACUUUGACGCUUACCGAUAUGGCUACUCAAGAGCACGUGGUAAGAUGUUAAGGGGUAAGUCGAUUCACUAGUCACGCCUUGCCAAACGAGACUGCUAACUACGUGCUCUCUUGCGGUCCAGGCAGCUCGCAAGAUGAUAGAGAAAUCGUCAGGCCAAGAGGACCAGCUGUCGACAUUGAGCCAUUGAAGGAGAGCGAGAAGGUAAAGUAG